CCGCUCACCACGAGAAUAUGACCAGAUAGCCAGCUGCCAAUCCUGCGAUCACCUAAAACGCCGUUCAUAGUAGUAGUCGACACCGUGGACCAAGACGCCUGACGAGGAAAUGUGACCCGGCAGGCCUCCCCACAUACACUUCGAGCAUACAAGUUACAAGUCGACAAGUCAAUACCUUCUACUAUAAAGGACGACCGACUGUCUGCGCUGUAAACCUGGAUGGUACACAUCCCUGGCCUGUCACGGCCAUUCAAAUCCGCUCCGAAAUCUACGGUACGACCACCAUCACCAUCACCAUCACCGACUUUUAAUCCUCCACUUGUGGAUCCGACAACAGGGUCGGGCUCGCUCCAGAUUCCCGAUGCAGAUCAGCUCGAGGGUGGGAAAGAUUCGAAUUCAAGUCCGAAUCUAGAAACGGAUUUCAAGGCAGGGAACCUGGAAGAGGAAGUCAGACAAGCAGAUGGUGAUAUCCGUUCUCGUUUGAAUGAUGAGGGGGAUGAAGCUGGGAAGCCUAUCAGGCUCGAGCCCGAAGUAGAGAUAGUACCAGGAGGGGGAACACUAGGAGGACCUGGGAUACUACCGUCUGAAGCUACACAUACACCUGAGGAGACUUUGGCAACUAUACCGAACCCUAGGAAGAGUGGUAGCUCGGAAAGAUCUACGACUAGCUCGGCAUCCCGGGUCGGGGGUGAGAGUAGGAAAGGGAGGACAGGCGAACUUACAGGAUCACCCCGAGGAGCAACCUGUGAAAUCGACCCAGUUUCCAGUAGCAUCGAGGAUACAGCCAAAGAGGUGAAUGAGGACAUUAUCGAAGAGCAAAAGACGAACAAGGACGAAAAAGGUCAGGGAAGGGAGAAGGAAAGGUCGACUGUGGUCGUCGGGAAACGCGAUCGGAAACGGAGCACGGAUACGAGUUCGUCGUCUUCCUCGAUGAAAGCUGGGAAUGGGAGUGGAAGUGAAUUCGUGAGGGAUGUGGUAGAAGAUGAGAACAAGACGCCCAAACCAACCCGCAGAUUUUCUUCCCUCUUCACUUCCACCUAUUCCUUUCGCUCUUCUCAUUCGACUCCCAUCUCUGAUUCAUCUGCGAAUUUGGCUUCUCUACCGACCUCUACGUCUAUCCCGAGCUCACCACCCUGGUCUGCUUCGGAUCACUUUCAUACCCCACCCGAGAGCCCCGAGCCGGCACUCGUUACCGCUAUCUCGUACGGACAUGGCGAUUCGAGUCUGCAAGCUCAACAACAACAGCAGCAACAAAGAGGGUCUGGUUCUGGGUCGAUCGAAGGCAGGAUGGGACUUCAGAUGCAAUUAGGAGUGCAAGGGAUGGAACAAUUGAGGGAAGAUCAGGGAUGGUUGCCCACGCCUCGCGGACCUCUACCUCGACGGACGUCUUCCCUGGGCCACGUCGAGACUGUACAUCGGACGGGAUCGAAGAGUUCGGAUCUUCCAGCUAUUCCUGCGGAAAAGAGCCUGCCUGCUAUUCCUCCCACAACGCCUCCCAGCAAACAGAGAUUACCGUUUCCCCCGCUUUCUCCUUCGAAUGGGAUCAAGCGGCGGGUCGCACGUGCCGUCUCAUCACCUCAACACGAUCAAAUGGCAGGUCCUUCGACCUCGCAAGUACAGUCGCAACGAGAACGCGAAAGGGAAGCAAGACCACCCCGACCUCAUCAUACGCAUUCUCACUCCUCCUCCAUCUCAUCGGCGACCAUGUCUUUCCCCCCUAUGCCGAACGGGAUCAUCAUCACGCCCUCUUCCCCUGCCAACGACCUGCUCGUCUCGGAUCGAUCGCCUGGUCGACAGCGAUAUCAUACGGUCGGAAGGGAUAGCGCCGCUCGGUUCAGCCUGGGUGAAGUGCUCGAUCGGGCGGACAGUCGGGAGAGUCAGAAUCAGGGUCAAGAGACUCAGGCGCGUCGGAUCGCGAGCGGUAGUGCUCCAGCUGUGGUCGUCUCUGGCGCAAUGAUGAUAGGUACAACAACGCCCGGGAUAGGUGGAGAUGAUGCAGGGAACGAUGCCGAGGGGGAUACGAGCGAUGAGGAAUCUGGGUUGAAACGGUCCAAUACAGUCCGGCCAUCGAGAUCAGUGAAACUUGGGAGGAGCAGGGCGAGUGAAGAACGUAUACGAGGCCUCAACGGGUUACCCGAACCUCGUCGGAGGAGCAUCAGGCGAGCGAAAGCCGAAGGACUGACGGUACCUCUUGCCCGACCGUUACCUAAUGAACUGGAUCUGGCUGGUACGGACGAAGAGGGGAUGGUACCACCUCCCUCGACGACCAGCCAGAUGACGCGAUACCCAAGCAACAGCUCGAGACAAUCGGCAAGCCGUGGUCGACUAAGUCCACAUCCUAUCGACACGCACGCCGCUGCAAAGGCACGAUCUCCAUCCCCGGCUACAAGCGCUAGGUCGAUCACAUUCUCGGAGGUAGCCAUGUUGGCACCGAACGGGUCAGGGAAACAGCGUUCAGCCUCUGGGCCUCUUCCUGACCAUUUCGAAAAGGACAAUAAACGCAAGAACAAGGGGGCGAAAAAGGUCUCUGAUGGAAGCUUGUCAGACUCUGGGAUGCCGAGCGGGAGGUUUGCUAGCCUGGGAAUGGGGUUCGCAGCGGGGAAGAAGAGGUUGCAAAAGGCACGCAGCUUUUCGGAUAUCAGGAAACGGACCGAAAUGGAGACGGAUGACGAAAAGCACGAUUCUACGUCCCGGGUCGUUGCAAGAGCUGUCGAGAUGGACAAGGAGGAGGAGGUGGAGGAGAUGUUGUCUGCUACGCCACCGCGCACCGACUCGAUGUCGAGCGCGAUGCUUGGACGACAGCAGGCAGAGCCGACGACAACUUCGGCUUCAGCUACAAGCGCUGCCGAAGCUGCUCACAAGAGGAAGCGCAGCGGGAGCGCGGGUCUGCUGAGGUCGGCAGCAGGAUUCUUCGGUUUGCGCAAGGACAAAAAGGAGGACAAGAUCAAGGAGAAAGACAAGCCCAAGGCUAAAGCCGAUGCGAACGAGACGACGGCGUCGAAUUUCGACGAUGUGACGCGCCAGACGGCAGACGAGCUGCAGCCACCAAAUGCUGCAGCGCUACAGGCGGUAGAAACGGUGACGGGAUCGCCCCCUCGAACCGCUCAACCUUUAUCUAUACCACGGCCUUCAACGCCUUCUCGUGCUGCUACCCUCGCUUCCUCGCUUACUAUCCGCCGCAGGAAGCGAGACCACAGCACGUCCCGAUCGCUAUUCACACCAACGAAUUCGGACGGGGGUAAGACGCCUGUCGGAAACGCUUCGCGAAUGGCCAGCCUAGGCUAUUUUGCUACUAUGGGCGGACAAUCGAGUGGCUCUUCGGCCGCCGUCACGCCAGUCGACGAAUUUGGGGGCAUGUCAACCCCGAAUUGGUACGACUCGCCCACUAGCGAAAACAUGCCAGCUCGAUCAUUACAGACCGCUCCACAUGGAUCUUUCCCGGAAACCAGCCAGUAUCCUGGAUCGACGCAAGGGCGCGGGUUGGAUGUCGACUCGGCGAGACGGAGGGCGCAAUCGGAUACGCCUCAUCCUCCUGAAGCGAGGACACCGAUGAGCAAACAACCCACGGAUAGGGAUUUCAGCAAGCUCUUCGACGGUCGUGGAAGACCUAGCCUUGCUGCUCGCUCAAACUCUGCCAAUUCAGACCUUGCUCUCAAGGAGAAACGAGCUCUCGUUGCUGCACCCUCGUUGCGACGCGGAAGAAGCGGGAGUCUUCUCAAAGAUGCGAUGGCUUCAGCGGCAGCUAGCUCGCUGAUGAGCCCGCCCGCAACGCCGAAUCUGAUGGUAUCGCCUACCGCAUCAACCACAUCCUUAGUGAGCUCGUUUGGCGGCGGCAAGAUAUCUAGACAAGGCAGUUAUGAAGCGGUCAACAAUGGCGCAUCCGAUGGACCAAUGGAUCGCUUCAGAACGCCUUCGCGACGGAAUACCGGCCUGUCCAGCUCUUUCGGGGAAAAGGGUCUUCCUUCGGUCUCGGAGCAACCGCCACGACCCAGCGUUUCCUCCUCGAUGAACUCGUCUGUCGGUUCCUCUUCCGCCUCGAAAAAGGUGUCUCUUGGGCCGCUUGACUUGCUGGACGUACAUUCUAUUCAUUCGUCUGGAUCAUCGGGUCGCAAGCGUUCUUCGACACUGUUUUCAAACCCGCCUUCGCUAGUUCAUCAGGCCGUCCCUUUCAGCAGUCCAACCCGGCAAAGACCAACAAAUCCGAGGAGACUUUCUACCGGGCUCUUCGGCAGUACUUGGAGCAGAGACAGCUUCUUCCCGUCACCGCAGUCAGGACAAGAACUCGCCUCGGCGGCCCGACGGAGCAAGGCUCCACCCGCCUUGAACAUCGCAGCCGACAAGCGGGACGCGCUACACGCCAUUCCUGCUGUUAGCGAAGAAGAUGACGCAGAGACAUGGCUCGUUAAAGUCAGGAGUGCCUCUCGGAGAUCAGAUAUCCUGUUCACUCUGGCGUCCAGCGGCGACGCCAUUCACAUUGGCGCUUUGAACAUAUUCAUGCGCGAUUUCGACUUCGAGCCUGACGCCCUAGACGUAGCUCUAAGAAAGCUGUUGAUGGGCGUCAGUCUGCCCAAGGAGACACAGCAGAUCGAUCGUGUGAUGGAGGCUUUCGCGAAACGAUAUGAUGAAUGUCACCCUGGCCUCCUCAAGGAUCCUGACAACGCCUACGUCAUCGCGUUCUCGUUGAUGAUGCUUCAUACCGACGUCUUCAAUUCGAACAACAAGAGCAAGAUGAGCAAGGCCGAAUAUGUCAAAAAUACCCGCCUGGAUGGGGUUCCCCAGAUCGUUCUCGAGACCUUCUAUGAUAACGUCUCUUUCACGCCUUUCAUCUACGUGGAAGACGAGGAACUACCCAAAAGCGCGACGUCAUCCACGACCGAUGGCAUGUCGUCACAACAAUCCCGCAAAUCGAGAUCAGAUCUAUACGACUGGAUUAGGUCCAAUUCGCUGGCGAGCCUUCGCAUCGACGUCGAGUCGGUGCUGCCACAAGACACGCCGCUAUCGUACAUCGGAACGAGACCGUUCUUCGAUCCUUGGCAGCCAAAGGAAGCCUUUGCUACUGCGCCGUUCAUCGAAGUCGUUAAACCGAGAACCCGACGGAAGUCUGGGGCGACAUUGCUGGUCAACGCGACAGGUCCGCCGCAGUUUGGAGCUGUAGAUCGAGAGGAUCCGAUAGUCCGGCUUAAGGUCGCCAAAGUCGGUCUACUCAGCCGCAAAGACGACCUGCAUGAAGAGGGCAAAAAGGCUUCCAACCGGAAGUGGAAGAGCUGGAGCGUGGUCCUGACUGGCUCUCAGCUCAUCUUCAUCAAGGAGCCCACGUGGGCGCUCAGUCUGGCCGAUCAUAUCGGACAGCUCGCGGCCGUAGGAGCGCUUACUCCGGGCUACUUGUUGUCGCCGAGAUUCAACAACUUCAAACCGGACGAGGUGUUUUCUUUGAGUUCGGCGGUCGCGAUUCACGAUCGAUCGUAUGACAAGCACGAAUUCGCUUUCCGACUGCUGAUGCCAUACGGCCGCCAAUAUCUUCUGCAAGCGGCGGACGAAUACGAGAUGAACGAAUGGAUUAGCCUGAUCAACUACGCCAGCGCAUUCAAGACGGCGGAUAUCCCGAUGAUGGCACCGCUCCCGGUAGAACCCCAGAUUUCAGCACCACCGAGCAAACGCAACUCGAUCGUGGCCGAGACGAACCACGACACUGUCAGAUCCGCCUCUUCCGACGUCUUUGGGGAGAACAGAUCGAUAGACCCGGCAUAUUCUGAUCAACUGAGUCCAGUCGCGUCGUUUGACGGCAGAAGACCCUCGUCCUCGCUGUUGACCUGGCCAUCGGCUGAGGUGCGAGAUCCGGGAUCUAGGCUGGAGUACUUGAGCCGACGCGUCUCUGGCUUCCGCAUCAAGUUGAACAGCCUCAACCAGAGCCUAGAUGAAGAACUGCGAAUCGCACGGAACCUGAGCGUCCUCACGCCCUUUCAACGGGUGACACGGGAAGCGGUCGAGACAGCCCUCUUGCCCACGGCUGCCAACGUCCGACAUUUGCGCACCGAGAUAUGCAGAAUAAGCUGUUGGGCCGAGGUCCUCGAUGCCGAGACGAGGAUAGCCAUGCCAGCAAUGUCGAGCGGGGCUGGACCGCGGACGCCCAAGUUGACGCUCACUCGCGAGGACGACGUUCCUAUGCGUCUGGACGAGAAUGGGAAACGGAGUGGGUCGAUGGCUAGCGGUAUGUGGAGCGAGGACUUGAGCGCGAGUCUUUCGGCACUGGUUCCGAAUGCGACGUCGACCGGGACCGCCCGAGAGGAGAAUCUAUCGGAAGGUCAAAGAAAUUGACGAGCGGCUGUACUAGUACACAAGCAACAUGUUAUAGAUGCGUGUGAUGUAUCACGUUGUACGUAAGAAGAUCGAAUUGUAUCCUCUGUGAUCGGUAUCAGUCAUAUGUCCGGGAG